AUGAAAGUUACAGUCACCUUCGUUGCUAUCGCGGCUGGAUCUCUAGUCCUGGGUGCAAUGAUAGACGCGCCCAUGGGACUGAAAAAGGGACACAAUGCGACGGCAUUCAAUAACACGAAACCUAUCCUUAAUCCCGUCCCACAGAAAUCCUAUAAUACUGUCUGCCAAGAUGAUGCAAAGAAGAACGGUAUCAAGAAUCCCCAAAAUUGGGUCUGGUCUGAUGAAAAGGAAUAUUGCGUUCCGAAUGCAUUGGUUUCUUCGGGGCCGCUUGCUCGGAGGGGAUGGAUAAAUGCCUCCAGAACUGUGGCCAAUUCAAGCCAACGAACUACCGUGAUGGGGAAGCCGGUGCAUGGGUUGGGUGCCGGGCGUCUUGCAGCUUUCGCUGCAGCGCUCCUCGAGGAGGCUGCUGGAAAGGAUAUUGUUGGGCCGGAUGCAAUACAGGCUUCCCAUUGGUUGAAGGUGCUGAAUGGUGUUACACGACAAAGACCUAUAGCCAAAGCUAUAGCUACGUCAAAUGCAUCUCUGAUUCGGAAUGCAACAUGCACUGGAAGUGUGGAGGGCCUUGUGCAGCCUUUUGAAAGUUGA